GAAUGCUAGGCUGUGUGUGUCGGGACAUGGUGUGCACCGGUUGGGGGCUCUAAGGGUGGGUGGGGGAAGGAGCCCCGGGGAAACAGUGUGCCUUUGUGAGGGUGUGUGUGUGUGUGUGUGUGUGUGUGCGCGCGCGCGUGUGCCGCUGAGUCUGUGUGCAGUGGGUGUGGGUGUUUGUCUCCCUGUAUCCGCCUUCUCUCCCGUUCUGGACUUUUAGCCUUCCUGGGCUCAUUUCCCCCAUGUCCUACCUCCUCCCUCUCCGGGCUCGACUUAGGUGCCCUAGUGGAGGAGGGGGGCAUGCUCCAGGACCCAGUCCAACCCCAGACGCUGCCUGAGGCUUCCCUCCAGCUCCCCCUCCCUUCCUUUUCUCCCUUUCCUCCCUCCCUCUCUUUCCUCUCCUCCCUCCCCCCCAAGGCUGGCGUGCCAGGGGGUGGGACAUGCCAAUCACUGGCUGUGCCUCUCCGGCUGCCAGCACAGGGCGCAGCUCCCCCCCGGGAGCCAGGUGUUUGGGUCCCUGGAGACGCCGCCGGCCCCCGGGGAGGCAGUGGGGCUGAGGACCCUACAGACCCUUCUCCAGUCCCAUGGGAACCCUGACUCCUACCACCCCCAUCCACCUUCAACCCCCCCAAGAUGGACUGAACCAGGUUGCUGGCCAGACGGACAAGCUGGAUGCCAAGAGCCUUGCCCCGGCCUUCCCAUCUCGCCUUAUUUGAUGGAAGAAUCCUGCUGGAGCUCCACAUGCUCAAAGUAAAAGAGAGACGUGGGUUCUAACCAUACUCACCUCCUCUGUCGCUGUGGCCUGCUCUAGUGGCCGCUUGGAGCCACGGCUGCCUCGGGGAAAUGGGGAGCCUAAGAGACCUUCCUCCUAGAGAUGUACGACAGUUAAAUUAGGUGAUGACCUCCCCCUGAGGAAGCCCUGUACCGCGACUAGAGGAAGGGGCUGUCCCCCCCCAACCCCAGCCCACCACCAUGAAUACCUCGGCCCCACCCGCCGUCAGCCCCAACAUCACCGUCCUGGCACCGGGAAAAGGACCCUGGCAAGUGGCCUUCAUUGGGAUCACCACAGGCCUCCUGUCCCUGGCCACAGUGACAGGCAACCUGUUGGUACUCAUCUCCUUCAAGGUCAACACUGAGCUCAAGACAGUCAACAACUACUUCCUGCUCAGCCUGGCCUGUGCCGACCUCAUCAUCGGUACCUUCUCCAUGAACCUCUAUACCACGUACCUGCUCAUGGGCCACUGGGCUCUGGGUACCCUGGCCUGCGACCUCUGGCUGGCCCUGGACUACGUGGCCAGCAACGCCUCCGUCAUGAACCUGCUGCUCAUCAGCUUCGACCGCUACUUCUCCGUGACCCGGCCCCUGAGCUAUCGAGCCAAGCGCACACCCCGCCGGGCGGCCCUGAUGAUCGGCCUGGCCUGGCUGGUCUCCUUCAUCCUGUGGGCUCCGGCCAUCCUCUUCUGGCAGUACCUGGUAGGGGAGCGGACGGUCCUGGCCGGGCAGUGCUACAUCCAGUUCCUCUCGCAGCCCAUCAUCACCUUCGGCACAGCCAUGGCCGCCUUCUACCUCCCGGUCACGGUCAUGUGCACGCUCUACUGGCGCAUCUACCGGGAGACGGAGAACCGGGCCCGGGAGCUGGCAGCCCUGCAGGGCUCCGAGACGCCCGGGAAGGGGGGCGGCAGCAGCAGCAGCUCUGAGCGGUCCCAGCGGGGGACGGAGGGCUCCCCAGAGACCCCUCCGGGCCGCUGCUGCCGCUGCUGCCGGGCGCCCAGGCUGCUGCAGGCCUACAGCUGGAAGGAAGAGGAGGAGGAGGAUGAAGGCUCCAUGGAGUCCCUCACGUCCUCCGAGGGGGAGGAGCCCGGCUCCGAGGUGGUGAUCAAGAUGCCCAUGGUGGACCCCGAGGCCCAGGCCCCGGCCAAGCAGCCCCCCCGGAGCUCCCCCAACACGGUCAAGAGGCCAACCCGGAAGGGGCGCGAGCGGGCGGGCAAGAGCCAGAAGCCCCGGGGGAAGGAGCAGCUGGCCAAGCGGAAGACCUUCUCGCUGGUCAAGGAGAAGAAGGCGGCUCGGACCCUGAGCGCCAUUCUGCUGGCCUUCAUCGUCACCUGGACGCCGUACAACAUCAUGGUGCUGGUGUCCACCUUCUGCAAGAACUGUGUUCCCGAGACCCUGUGGGAGCUGGGCUACUGGCUGUGCUACGUCAACAGCACCAUCAACCCCAUGUGCUACGCGCUCUGCAACAAAGCCUUCCGGGACACCUUCCGCCUGCUGCUGCUCUGCCGCUGGGACAAGCGUCGCUGGCGCAAGAUCCCCAAGCGCCCGGGCUCUGUGCACCGCACCCCCUCCCGCCAGUGCUGAGGGCCCCUAGCCGGCAUCCAGGCCCGCCACCCCAGGCCCUGGGACAGCCCAGCAGGAAGGAAGCAGGCAGGGGCUGCGACCUCAGACCCAGGGCCCUGCUCUGUCCUCACCAGGCUUCCAGGGGGCGGGGGAGAGCCGUAGGUCACCUUCCUGGACAGCCCAGACAGACCCUGCCAGCUUUCCAAACUGUUGCUAUUCCCAAGCAGGGAACGAACCUGAACCGGGGGAACUGGUUUUUCUGUUCCCUGCUGGGUGGGAAUGGGCUGUCACCAGGAAGAAGGCAGGGGAGGGGAGGAUCCAAGCUUUUAGAUCCCUUGUUUGCCUUCAGGCAGGAAAUCCGUGGGGAGCCAGCAGGCCAGGCCAGGAGUAAGUAGGUUCACAUUUCAGUCAUCCCUGGCCCAGGGGCUGGCCCCAUGGGGGGAUGGCCGUGGGAGAUGGUACCGGGCCCCACCCCACCCCCACCCCCCCCACCCCCCGGGCCAACAGCAGGGAGCUGAUGCCAACCACUGAAAGGAAAGCUUGGCUCCAAGGCAGCACCCCCUGGCUGGAUACUGGGUAUCCCCUCUCUCCCCGGGCACAGCCCCCCCACAACCCUCACCUCCACCCCCCCACUCCAUCCCACCCCACCCCUGCCGCGCCCAAGCUGGGUCCUAGGCACACUCUCCAGGGUUGUCUGAACUCCCUACAGAUGUCCCCAGAGUGUCCCCACAGCAAACGUCCAAGCAUCAGCAGGACAAUGUCACCAGAAGAGACCAGCUUGGCUGCCGUCACACACCAAGUCCCGAGACAGGAGCAGGACCAGGCUCCAGGUGUUCUGACUGUCCCACUCUGUCGUUUCCCUGGGAAUGAGGGGCAGGGGUGCCUGCUGUCCAGCCCCACACCCAUACCCUCUGCCCCAGAGAAACCCUCGGUCCCUCCCUCGCUCCCUGGCUCACAGCCGCCACCUGAUGGACUGCUCCACGCAGGCCUAGCCAGGUCUCCCGCAUGCUGCCUGCGUCCAGCCUGCCCCACACAGGCCUGGCCCAGCCGACGGGUCCUCUCCUGUGAGCUCCCAGUCCAACCCGUGCAUGGCCUCCCAGCCGCCCUAAUCUCCGGACCCAGCCUGGCCCCACCCCCGAUGUUCUUUCCUUUUAUUCUCAGCAAGUGCUGAGUCUGUGAAUAAAGCCACAUACCCAGAGGGCACUCUGGGGCCUUC